CUCACAGCUAUCGGGGUGGAGAGGGCUGGCCAAUUGAUCAGCCAAAUUGAGUAGCCAUGGUGGAGUUCGAGUAUGACAUGACCAAAUGGAAGGAGGCGAAGAUUUGGAGCGGCGGAACGGUGGAAGACUGGGAGGCCCAGGAUUCCAAGAAGGACGCUUCGACGGUGGCGGUGCACCCACGUGACAUGAUGGACUACCAUGGUUUGAGGAAUACGUGGCCUCGGGAGCUCUACUCUAGAGCCUUAUGCGUGGGUGAGGACCAGUACCUGGAAGUGAUCAAGCUCCAGGAAGAGCUCAAGUUCCACUUCUACUACACCGGGCUGGAUCCUAUGGACGGCACCGACGACCCCAAGGAAUACAUGUGCUUGGUUGUCUACAGCAAGCCCAACUGGAAAGGCAUUGCGAGAGGCCUGACAGAGCUGGGCAUCCAGGUGUCAGACUCCGAGGAGGAAGCUGUAGACAAGGACACCGAGGACUUGGGCAUUCAGAUGAUGCUGCGAGCCUCUGAUGCAUGGGUCACAUACUGCGAUCCCUGGAUGAAGCGGGAGUUUGUGGACAACGGGGUGCUGCAGCAAGGCAAGGUCUACAGAUUCAAAGAGGACAACCUCAAGGAGAAGCUUGGCUUGUAGCACGCUGCCGGGUAGGGCUGGGCUGGCGGCAAGGGCCA